AUAUGAUAUCAUUCCCUCGCAGCUCUUGUUGCUCAAACUAGCUGUCAUUAAGUAGAAUAUCGCUUCUGUCGCUUAAAACGGGACAGGUGCAGCGACCAGGAUGACUUCCAACGAAUACAAUAUAAUGGCUACAUCACCCCGUGAGCUUACUCAGAACCCGCUGAAGAAAAUAUGGAUGCCAUGGAAAAACGGGCUCUUUGUACACAUUUUACAAAGAAGGGUAUGUAUGACCAACUGUCCCACCCUCAUUGUGACGGUGGGCCUCCCAGCGAGAGGGAAGACCUACAUCUCCAAGAAGCUGACCCGCUAUCUCAACUGGAUUGGCGUGCCAACCAAAGAGUUCAACGUGGGUCAGUACAGGAGGGAGUGUGUGAAGAUCUACAAGUCUUUUGAGUUUUUCCAUCCAGACAAUGAAGAGGGGCUGAAGAUCAGGAGGCAGUGUGCACUGACGGCGCUGAAUGAUGUGUGCCAGUACCUGACUGUGGAGGGAGGCCAGGUGGCGGUGUUUGAUGCCACUAACACCACCAGGGAGAGGAGAUGGACCAUCACCAGGUUUGCAGAGCAGAAUGGCUUUAAGGUGUUCUUUGUGGAGUCUGUGUGUGAAGACCCUGAUGUCAUUGCAGAGAACAUAGCGCAAGUGAAGCUGGGUAGUCCUGAUUACAUAGACUGUAAUACAGAGGAGGUCAUCGAGGACUUCAUGAAGAGAAUCAAGUGCUACGAGAACUCUUACCAGCCACUGGAUGAGGUUCUAGACAGGGAUCUGUCCUACAUUAAGAUCAUGGACGUGGGCCGGAGAUACCUGGUGAACAGGGUGCUGGACCACAUCCAGAGCCGCAUUGUCUACUACCUAAUGAAUAUCCACAUCACACCACGUUCCAUCUACCUGUGUCGCCAUGGAGAGAGUGACCUCAACGUCAAAGGACGCAUCGGAGGAGACUCAGGCCUGUCUGGCAGGGGCAAGGAGUUUGCAAAGUGUCUGGGGAAGUUUAUCCAGGAGCAAAACAUUAACAAUCUGAAGGUGUGGACCAGUCAGAUGAAGAGAACCAUUCAGACAGCCGAGGCCGUGGCUGUCCCCUAUGAGCAGUGGAAGGCUCUCAACGAGAUCGAUGCUGGUGUGUGUGAAGAGAUGACGUAUGAGGAGAUUCAGCUACAUUUCCCUGUGGAGUUUUCACUGAGAGACCAGGACAAAUACCGCUACCGCUACCCUAAAGGAGAGUCCUAUGAGGACCUGGUGCAGCGGUUGGAGCCAGUCAUCAUGGAGCUGGAGAGGCAGGAGAACGUCCUGGUCAUCUGUCACCAGGCUGUCAUGCGCUGCCUGCUCGCUUACUUCCUGGAUAAGAGUGCAGAGGAGCUGCCUUUCCUGAAGUGCCCUUUGCACACUGUAUUGAAGCUGACCCCUGUGGCGUAUGGAUGUAAAGUAGAGUCUGUCUGGUUGAAUGUGGAAGCUGUGAACACCCAUAGGGACAGGCCAGAGAAUGUAGACAUUUCACGGAUGCCGGAAGAAGCCCUGUUCACAGUCCCCGCCCACCAGUGAUGAGUGACAGCGCACAAAGUUUAGAUUCAAUCAGUUCUUCCUUCACCUGCGAUAACUGACAACUAUAUAACAGUUUCAUUGCUUUUAUUCAUGGAAUGUAACGUAAUGUAAUGGUGUAACGGCGUUAGAGCUGUCAAAUCAGGUAGCGACUCUCGGCGUGAUACCUAUUGCGGACAUUUCCAUUUUAUGUGACGAGUCGCAUUAGUAAUAAUCCCAUGCAGCCUUGUUACAAGUUCAAACACAGGAAUGUGUUGUAAUAUACACCUCGAUUAGGCUGAUAUGAAUCCUCAUUAUUUAGGUUAAUGAUGUUCAAUUUAUUAUUUCUAUAUAGCCUUGACUUUCUCUUUAUGUACUUCUAAUGUGAGUGGGACGGGUGUGGCUUGGUGACAAUAACCGCACGAGCAGCCGCUCAGAUUAGACAGCUCUAAAGCAGUUCCACUUCCAGCACCUCCUAAACACCAGCUAUGCAGGUGUUGGCUACCACUGGUUAAUGCUUGAUCUGAUUGAAUCCGAAUCUUUCAUUUGACAUAUUUCUAUCUAUAGCGGCAAUCAGCAGAGGAAACAAUUACGAAGAGUGAUCCCCGGUUUCGGUAAAAAGCUGAGGGAUGGGCUGGAGAAAUGUAACUAUUCUCAAAUUGGGAUGACCAUCCAUGAUAUCAACAUUGAGUUUUAACCAUGUUUUGAGGCUAUAUAGUGUUUGUUUACAUUUACUUUGGUUACAAACAUUGGAGUAAAAGCUUAGAUUUUGGGUUCUGAUGGAGGCAUUUAUACAUUUUAUUCUUCAAAGAAUCAUUCAUUUAUAAGUCCAAAAAUGUAAUUAGCGACUGCUGAUUUCCCCUUUUAAACAUACUUGUUUAAUCUUGGUUCUUCACCUGAUCUGUAUCUUUCCUUCUGUGCAAAAUUGGCUGUGUUUAGACAGGCAUCCCAUCCCAAUCCUGAUCUUUUUUUCCACAAAUUGGUCUUUUGACCAAUCAUAUCAGAUAUUUCUCAGAGCUGAUCUGAUUGAUCAAAAACAAUUUUGUGAAAAAAAUAUCAGAAUUAGGCUGCCUGUCUAAAUGUCUAGAGAACUGGAAUCCAGUUCAAUGGUGAUUCACCCCACUAUCGGGGUAUGUGUGCCUGUGAGUGUGUUUUGUAUGUAUGUGAGUGAGUGUAUAAUGAACAAUGUAAGGACAAUCUGAUGUGAAACCUUUUUUAUAAACAUGACAUAUGGCUUUUAAUCAAAUUGUAAAGUGUCUUGACACUGGCUGCGUUUACACAGGCAGCCCAGUUCUGAACUUUGUCCACUAAUUGGCCUUUUAACCAAUCAGAUCAACUCUUUUGCCAAUCAUUUGGUAAAGAUCAGAAUUGGCAGCCUGUGGAAGCGAAAUGUAAUACUCCUUGUUCUUAGUAUUUUAGUUGUUGUCCAACCAUUUGUCAGUUCUUUUUUUUUUAAAGCUGUUUUUUUAUUUUGUGAAUUUCCUAUUAAACCAACUAUUGCGUUUACCCGCUACAGAAGAUGUGAUAUUUGGAAUCAGACUCUAGGUGGGGACAUAAAUUGUAGGUAAUAUUUUUUUUUAAAUAUAUAUAUAUAUGUCUGGUAUAAAAUCAAGACAUAAAGGUGGUUUUGCACAUCUAUUUUUUUCAAUCAAGGUCAUCUUCAUCUAGUUCAAAUCUAAACUGAUUGACUUUUUUUUUCAUGUUGCAUCAGUGAUCUGCUAUAUCAAGAAUGUGUUUGGCUCUAUUGCUCAAUGUCUGCUGUAGUUUAGCAUCAGUAGUCUCAUGUCAAAUCAAUUGAAAUGACUACUAAUAUCUGUGUAAACACAAGUAGUGAUCACCAUAAUAAUCAGGUGUCAGUAAUAAUAUAAUAAUAAUAAUGCUGUGAAUGUCAAUAAAUCGCUCACUGGUUGUUUAUCGUUUUCAGCAGGUUCACCAUGUCUUGUUUGUUCAUUUUGACUUGUUUGUCAACGUGCCAAGAAUAUGAUGCAUUCAAUGUAAAUAUCUACAUCAUCCAAAUGGGAAUAAAUAUGUUUUAGUUAAA